UCUUGUAUGGCCUCAGAGAUACGGACCUGAUGAACUGAUGUACACUAGAGAGGACAACAAUUCAUUGCUGGUGUCUCAGGAGGAUAUAAAACAAAACAGUAUGAACACAGGUCAUGUCACAGGGGGACCAAUAUGAAACUUUUACUUUUUGACAGAGUCUAUCGUGUAAACUCAUGAGAUGUUUUGAUUUAAUUAUGGCACAUUUCUUCUGUCUGGCAUGAUGGCAACGGACCUUGUUAUCUCUACAUCUCCUCUCGGUCUGACUCCCAGAGAGGACUGAAAACCGUGUAUAUUGGCCUCUCCUUUCAACCCGGGCGGUUUCCACCAACCGAUAGGAAAGAUAACAACCAUGAACUCUGUGUCAAUAGCCGCCUCACUGUCUCCUCUCAAUGCGGGCUGAGCACAGAUCACUCCGGCGGAUGAACCAACCCUCGCAUCGAAGAGUCGUCACGAGCAUUACAUCACCGAUUCCACACCCGAAGCGUAAAAUGAGACCCAUGUAUUUUUAACCAGCGGAUCUGAACACUGACGAUGAGGGGAUACAACUGGAUUUUCAUUUUUUGACGUCGUGGGGAUUUUACAAAUGUAUCAACAAUUUCAACGUCGGCUAUACAAUUCAUCAGAGAGAUGAUGGCGUUUUUAUGAACGGGGAUAGACGAACACCGUCAUCAGCAUCUCUGCCUGUCGGCUCCUUUGUGUUCGUAGAGAAUGUGAUCGGCGAAAGAUGACAUGGCAGAGGUAGAUUCAGCAUCCAGUGGAGCAGAACACCCGAGCGGCCUGGAUACAGCAUUCCCGUACGAGGAGUAUGAAUGCAAAAUAUGUUACAAUUAUUUCGACCUUGACCGUCGCGCGCCCAAGAUUUUAGAAUGCUUGCACACAUUUUGCGAGGAGUGCCUGAACACUCUCCAUCUCCGCGAGGAGCGUCCAUGGCGCAUCAGCUGCCCUAUAUGUCGCCACAGGACACCCGUACCGGACUAUCGGAUACAAAACCUACCCAAUAAUACCAAGGUAACGGAGGAUUUCCCCUUGUACAUUGACUCGGACCCUCUGCCUCAGGAUGCUUUGCCCCUCUACCCUCCCCGGUUGCACCCCGCACUCGUCGCCCUCAGGCGCGAGGAGGCAUCGGGGGCGUCCACGAGCCAAGCUACCCCCUCCACUACCUUGUCCACGGCCACUACCCUCUCCCAGGACUCGGUGCGCUAUGGAAGCUGUCAGAGCUGCAAGCGGGUUGCCCUGACUACGGGCUGUGUGUGCGUGAUCUUCUCCUUUCUGUCCAUGCUGGUUCUGCUCUUCAUGGGCCUGAUCUUCGUGCACAGUCACAGCAGCCCAUCCUCGCCCGCGGGACCCAUCUGCCUGUCGGUGGCCAGCAUCCUAGCCAUGUUCUCGGUGGUCGUCACGUGGCUGAUCUGCUGGUUAAAAUAUAGACCCGAUCACGAGACAGGCCGCUCAUCUGGAACGAAUAGGCGGAACGCCUGAUGAUGAAGAUGAUCAUGAUGAUAAUAUGAUGUGUGUGAUUUAUGUAUAUACUGCUGUAUACUAGCAUUAUAUCCCUCCCUUCCUUUACUUUUUUAGAAAUAUAUAUUGUUCAGAAUGGCCUUUUAAAAGUAGGAUAUAGCAAACACCAUAUAAAGGCCUUCACCUGCUCAUUGAGUAGUAAGCCUACAGUAGCCUACCAUUUGAUAAAUUCAUACAUGCACUUGUAUGCCUACCAAUGGUAGGCUCGUAUGAUGAUGGGUAACCUUGCCUGAGACCUAGAUUAACUGCCUGUUGCUCCCAGACUAGACUGGUUGAAUGCACAGAGUUGAGGACCAGGGUUUGAUACCAGCUUCCUGAAAAGUAUACACUACCCACUAUGCCUCUCACUGUCUCAAAACCUGUCCUUGAGAAGUCACUAAUAUACACUACACUAUAAAAAAGAAAAAAUUGACACCUGCCCGUCGAACAUCUCAUUCCAAAAUCAUGGGCAUUAAUAUGGAGUUGGUCCGCCUUUACUGCUUUAACAGCCUCCACUCUUCUGGGAAGGCUUUCCGCUAGAUGUUGGAACAUUGCUGCGGGCACUUGCUUCCAUUCAGCCACAAGAGCAUUACUGAGGUUGGAACUGAUGUUGGGCGAUUAGGCCUGGCUCGCAGUCGGCGUUCCAAUUCACCCCAAAGGUGUUUGAUGGGGUUGAGGUCAGGGCUCUGUGCAGGCCAAUCAAGUUUUUCCACACCAAUUUCUCUAUGGACCUCACUUUGUGCACAGGGGCAUUGUCAUGCUGAAACAGGAAAGGGCCUUCCACAAACUGCUGCCACAACGUUGGAAACACAGAAUCGUGUAGAAUGUCAUUGCAUGCUGUAGCGUUAAGAUUUCCCUUCACUGGAACUAAGGGGCUUAGCCCGAACCAUGAAAAACAGUCCCAGACCAUUAUUCCUCCUCCACCAAACUUUACAGUUGGCACUAUGUAUUGGAACAGGUAGCAUUCUCCUGGCAUCCGCCAAACCCAGAUUCGUCUGUCGGACUGCCAAAUGGUGAAGCGUGAUUCAUCACUCCAGGGAACGCGUUUCCACUGCUUCAGAGUUCAAUGGUGGUGGGUUUUACACCACUCCAGCCAACGCUUGGCAUUGCUCAUCGUGAUCUUAGGCUUGUGUGCGGCUGCCCGGCCAUGGUAACCCAUUUCAUGAAGCUCCCGACAAACAGUUAUUGUGCGACUUUGCUUCCAGAGGCAGUUUGGAACUCGGUUGUGAGUGUUGCAACCAAGGACAGACUAUUUUUACAUGCUAAGCGCUUCAGCACUCACCGGUCCCGUUCUGUGAGCUUGUGUGUCCUACCGGAUGAGCCGUUGUUGUUUCUAGACGUUUCUACGUCACAAUAACAGCACUUACUGUUGACCGGGGCAGCUCUAGCAGGGUAGAAAUUUGACUAACUGACUUGUUGGAAAGGUGACGGUGCCACGUUAAAAGUCACUGAGCUGUUCAGUAAGGCCAUUCUACUGCCAAUGUUUGUCUAUGGAGAUUGCAUGGCUCUGUGCUCGAUUUUAUACACCUGUCAGCAACGGGCGUGGCUGAAAUAUCCAAAUCCACUAAUUUGUCCACAUGCUUUUGUAUACAUAGUGUAUGUAAUUGAGAAGUCACUAACGUAAGAUAUGUCAAUAGUACAGUAUCUGCUAUACAGUGAUUUGACGGUGAUGUGAAGAUAGGGAGAGGUGUCAUUACCGGUAUUUAAAUUGACAUAGUGUUUAGGUUACCAAGAGUAGGUCUAGAGAACAGGUGCCUGCUACAUUCCUAUUUCAAAAGUGCACCGGUUGUAGGCCUACUGUACACUUGUGUACAUUUCUCUGGCCUUUCUGCUGCCUGUGUCAUCGGAUCAUUAUCAUCUGCCUGUCAACUGAUCAUCCCCACCAGUUUGACAGACAGGGAAGGUGAAAGUAAGGUUCCUUUCCACCAUAUUGCUUUCAGUCUUGUUAUCAAUCACUUCAGAUCAUUGAUGAGCUUCUUGAAGAAGGGAGGAGGCAUUUCCUCAGUUUUCUAAUGAGGUAUUGAAAUUCGUAACAUAUUGCACAAAUUGGAUUUGUAACAUAUCACAUGAAUUGCAAAAUUUGUAACAUAUUAUACAAAAUGGAGUUGGAUACAGUUGGAUGACGUAGUAGGCUACACAAAAAACAGCGAACCGUUUUGGCUAGUGAGCACCACCUUAAAAACUACUGGCUGAAAAUAUAGUAAAACUCUGGACUGCAUCUUUAAUUGCCAUGUGCUUGACAGGCUUCCAUAGCAAACGGAUUCCUCUAGUCUGUUGCCUGUAUGGUUGGUGAUCAUCAGGGGGCAUAUCGAGAGAGUUGCCGUGAGGAUGGCACAGUUUUUGCAAUACCUAUGGAACUGAGAGACUAAAAUGAGAUGGAUUGGAUUUGUCAAUAUUAGUCAGUAAGCCAGGGGUAUUGAAAUCAGGGCCUUGGAAUUCUACCGUUCUGCACUGGUUCCGCUAUAACCAGGGACUGACUGAUUCAGACCAGCACAUCAUGAUGAGUGGACUCUCUGUCCAAUCAAUGAUAUAAAUCAAUCACUUAACUACCAUAGAAGGAUAAAUAAUCCCAACAGUAUUACUUAAAACCACAAGGCUUAGAUUUAUACAGCCUUGAAGCUAUUUAAUUUUGUAUUUACUUUAUACUGUAUGUGCUCUGUGUGGAACAGACUGUUGUUUCCUGCCUCUUGGGUCCUCAUCUUACAGACACGUCUUUUAGGAUUCACAUAAAAAUAUGCACAUUUGAGAAGGCUGGGAUAUACAGAGAGUUAUAUACAAGCACUUACUGCCCUAACACAUUUACUUUAACAUUGCCUCACAAUCAAAUAUGAUUAUGGACCUGGCCUCUAAAGAUGGCCAUGCCUGCUUGAAUCAACCUGUCACUCCCCUGUCACUCCUCUGUCACUCCCCUGUCAGACUGUCAGUAUAACCGUUAGAAGAAGCACUUUCACCCUCUUAUUUGACACAAGUAAUAUAUAUAUAUAUACUGUAUUUUGUCUAUUAUUGUAUUCAUUAAUGAUGAAUAAAAAGGUGAUGUUUUUGAGUUUGUUCAUUGUUGUUAAGGUACUAAAAUGUAUUUCCACAGAUAAAUGUUACGUAUGUACUGUUUAACACAGUUCAGUAAUAAAGAAAACAUUACAAUGUU